AUGUCGGUGCCAGAACUCACCAGAAUAUCUUGUAGAACAAAGAUCCACCAAAAUGGGAAAACACACAAGCUGGAGGAGGAAGAGGUGGUGUGGGGGCCGUUGGCGGGUAGGGUUGUCGACCUGGAUGGGAAAGCUGUGUUGGAAGUCACAGAGGAGUCAUUAAUGAAGGACCUUCAGACAACAGCUGCUGUAUUAGAAACCAACACGUCAUCAUCCAGUCGAUCACAGGUCACCCGGACUGCCACGUCUAAUUUGACGUCCAACCUGACGCCUUCCAGCUCAGAGAGGACGCUGACCUCCAGAUGGAGCCUCAACUCUGACAAAUCGUCUGCAACCACACCAAUCAACAACCACCACAAAACCAACCAGCCAAUCAUCAACCAAAUCACCAUCCAGCCAAUCGUCAACCACCAAAUCACCAUCCAGCCAAUCGUCAACCACCAAAUCACCAACCAGCCAAUCAUCAACCAAAUCACCAUCCAGCCAAUCAUCAACCAAAUCACCAUCCAGCCAAUCGUCAACCACCAAAUCACCAUCCAGCCAAUCGUCAACCACCAAAUCACCAACCAGCCAAUCAUCAACCAAAUCACCAUCCAGCCAAUCAUCAACCACCAAAUCACCAACCAGCCAAUCAUCAACCACUACAACACAAUCCAACAAAUCAUCAACCACCAAAGCAUCAGCCAGCCAAUCAUCAACCACUACAACACUGGCUGGCCAAUCAUCGACCACCAAAUCACCAGUCCAGCAAUCAUCAACCAAGACAUCAACAAAGCCAAACCUAGCCAAUCACUAUCCAGUCAAACACCACUGAGCCAAUCAUCAAAAAGCUCGAACAAAUCCUCACUCACCUCAACAUCCUCUAACCAAUCAGCAACCAAUAUAUCCAAAAGCAGCUCAAAAGCACCACACCACCACUCUUUCUCUAGCUUAACGUCUCCUAACCAAUCACAGACAAGUUCAACACCACCUGAUCCAUCCUGGACCAGCUCAGUGAUACUAUCAAACCAAUCGUCAUCUGAUUCAGAGUCACCAGCCAAAGGAGCCUUUUCACCAGACGAGCGUCCAGUUAAUAUUUCACAGCUCACCAGACAGACGAAAGAAGCUCUGAGGUCGUCGAUUCGUAGGAUUCAAGCGGAGCCUUGUGCGUUUCCCUGUUUGAACGGAGGAGAGUGCGUUCAUUCGGAGUCAUGUGACUGCAGCUUGUAUCAGGCCACCGGACACAGAUGUCAGACAGUUCCAAAUCCCGGCUUUGAGAGGGAGAUGACGUGCAGGACGUGGGGUCAGUACAACUUUGAGACCUUCGACGGCCUUUACUACUACUUCCCCGGUCGAUGCACUUACACCCUGCUGAAGGACUGUGAGGAAGCCACUCAGGCCAGCAUCGUCGUCCAGGUCCACAAUGACCCGGGUUGCAACUCUGCUCCCUACACCUGCCAACGGUCCGUCAGCCUCUUCCUCCCGUGGGAGGGCGAGGUCCGGCUUCACGCCAACAAUGUGACUUUCAAAGGCCAAAGUUUGCAGCUGCCUCAUCACAUCCACGACCUGCAGCUGGAGCACAUCUCCCAGUACGUGCUGGUGACACAGCAGCAUGGCUUCACGCUGGCCUGGGAGGGACGAAGCGGCUCCGUCUACAUCAAACUCAGCCCGGAGUUUGUGGGCAGAACCUGCGGCCUGUGUGGGAACUUCAACGCAGACGUUCAGGACGACCUGAAGACCAGCUACGGUGUUCUGACUCAUGAUAUAGAAAUGUUUGGGAACAGCUGGGUGGAGUCGGAGCCACAUCAGACCCCAUGUCCUACGGUGCCGCCUGACUUCUCUUCACCUUGUGCUGCGGUCGAUUUUCAUGUCAUGGUGAAGGUGGAGGAGGUGUGCGCCAUGCUGCUGGAUCCGCCUUUUCAGAGCUGCCACGAGUUUGUCAGCCCGCUGUCCUACAUGGCCAGCUGCUCCAACGACCUCUGCAUGUCGGGUCCCAACGGUGAUGUGGUAUGCCAGGUGUUCAGCGAGUACGCCCGGGCCUGCGCCCACGCUGACCACCCACUGCACGACUGGAGGCGGCACAUUCCUGCGUGUGCGAAGCAGUGUCCUUUAGGUCUGGAUUACAUGGAAUGCAUCAGCUGCUGCCCGGCUUCCUGCAGCCUGGAGCGGACGUGCAUCGACAGCAAGCUGGCCUGCCUGGAUGGAUGCUACUGUCCUGAUGGUCUGAUCUAUGAGGACGGAAGUUGUGUGACGCCCUCCGACUGUCCCUGUGAGUAUCAUGGCAUGUUUUACCCGUCUGGACAAACGCUGCAGGAGGAAUGCAACAACUGUACAUGUGUGGGAGGAGAGUGGACCUGCACCGACUACAGCUGCCCAGGUGAAUGCUCGGUGACUGGCGAUAUGUAUAUUCAAUCCUUCGACGGGCGGAUCUACACCUUCCCAGCGACGUGUCAAUAUGUCCUCGCCAAGAGUCACAACUCAGGGAGGUUCACAGUCACCAUCCAGAACGCCCCCUGUGGAGCUAAUUUGGACGGGGCAUGCAUCCAAUCAGUUAACCUGGUUAUUGACGAGGAUCCAAGAACAGAGAUUACACUGAGCCAUGUCGGAGAGGUCUUCAUGGCCGGACAGUACCGCAUCUCCCUGCCCUAUUCGGACGAGAUCUUCCACAUCCAGGAGCUUUCCUCCAUGUUCCUCCAGGUGAAGACGACAUUCGGCCUGCGUCUGCAGUACAGCUGGAAGGAGUUUCGUCUCUACCUUCAGGCCGACGAGCUGUGGAAGGACGACACAAUCGGGCUGUGCGGCACCUUCAACGGCAACAUCCAAGACGACUUCCUGUCUCCAUCCGGUAUGAUAGAAAGCACUCCUCAGCUGUUUGGAAACGCCUGGAAAGUCUCGUCAGCGUGCUCUCCCAGCCUGAGCACCCCUCAGCUCGACCCCUGUGACACUCACCAACAGGCCGUGGCCUAUGCCUCAGAGAUGUGUGACGUACUGAACCAGGAUCUGUUCUCCGCCUGUCAUGAGUACCUCAGUCCGACGCCCUUCCAUCAACAGUGUCGCUCAGAUACCUGUAAGUGCGGGACGCCCUGCCUCUGCUCUGCGCUGGCCCACUACGCACGCCACUGCCGCAGGUUCUCCAUCAUCGUUGACUUUCGAUCGCACAUUCCCGACUGCGCGGUCACCUGUCCUGCCACCAUGCAGUACGGCACCUGCGUGUCAUCCUGCCAGCGCCGUUGCUCCGCCCUCUCCGUCCCGCAGCACUGUGGGGAGGAAUGUGAGGAGGGCUGCGUCUGCCCUCAGGGAUCCUUCUACAACCACCGAACACACACCUGUGUGCACAGGAGUGAGUGUCCCUGCAGUUUCCUCGGGGCCGAUUACGAACCGGGAGAUGUGAUCAUGACAUCAGCAGGUGUUCAACUCUGUCUAAACGGUAAACUGGUGUCCCAAACAUCAGACAGUGACAAGUUGUGUCCAGCAGGUCAGCUCUACCAGAACUGCUCCGAGGGAAAGGACGGCCUCCUGCCAGGAAGGGGCGUUGCCUGUGAGCGCACCUGUGAAUCUUACCUGCUCAACCUCACCUGCUCCACACAUGAGCCCUGCGUGGCCGGAUGUACCUGCCCUCCCGGCUUGCUGAAACAUGGAGAUGAAUGCUUUGAACCUGCAGCCUGCCCCUGUCUGUGGAAAGGAAAGGAGUACUACCCCGGCGACAGAGUCUCCUCCCCCUGCCACCAGUGUGUUUGCCAACACGGGACGUUCCAGUGUGUGUUUCAUCCCUGUCCAUCCAUGUGCACGGCUUACGGUGAUCGCCACUACAGGACGUUUGAUGGCCUCCUCUUUGACUACGUUGGUGCAUGCAAAGUCUAUCUUAUAAAGAGCAGCGCUGAUGUGAUGCUAAGUGUAACAGCUGAGAACGUCGACUGUUUCGACAGUGGAGUCAUCUGCAGGAAAUCACUGCUGAUCAACAUAGGAAGAUCCGUCAUAGCAUUCGAUGAUGACACCGGGAAGCCAAACCCUUCCAGUGUAAUUGACAGGAAACAGAAGAUGUUCAUCUGGCCUGCUGGAUACUUCACAGUGGUUCAUUUCCCCGAGGAAGACGUCACCGUCCUCUGGGACCGUAAGACCACCAUCCACAUCCAGGUUGGACCGCGCUGGCAGGGAAAGCUGAGCGGACUGUGUGGGAACUUUGACCUGAAGACGGUGAAUGAGAUGCGGACACCCGACAACAUCGACUCCCCGACUCCACAGGAGUUUGGAAACAGCUGGACUGCAACAGAGUGUGUGAACAGUCCAGAUAUCAGACACCCCUGCAGUCUCAGUCCACUCAGAGAGCCUUUUGCAAAGCGGCAGUGUGCUGUGCUGCUCAGUGAAGUCUUCCAGGCCUGCCACCCAGUGGUGGAUGUUACCUGGUUCUACAUGAACUGCUUGGCGGACACGUGCGCCUGCAGCCGAGGAGGCGACUGUGAGUGUUUCUGCACCAGCGUGGCAGCGUACGCCCAGCGCUGCUGCCACCAGGGCGUUCCUGUCGACUGGCGGACCCCGUCUCUGUGUCCCUAUGACUGUGAAUUCUACAACAAAGUUCUUGGUAAAGGCCCCUUCAGGCUGAUCCCCUUCAGGGAUCGGACGUCGCUGUUGGCAGCCACCAGGUCCAGCGGCUCCGUUUUCGUGCAGCGGGGAAACCUCAGCACCGCAGCUGGAUCCCUCUCGCAGUUCAUGAUGACGCCGGGCCUCAGCAGAGCCCGACCUCACGACACAUCACGGGUUUCCUUUGAGGCCGCAGACAGACCCAACUACUUCCUGUAUGCAAGCCCCAGUGGUCAGGUCAGGCUGGCCAAGUGGGAGGAGAGUGAGGCAUUCUGGGACGGGGCCACCUUCGUGCUCCACAAGGACACCUGGAUCCCCGGCUUCGACUCACUGGAGUCUCACGCCAAGCCCGGCUUCUUCGUGCAUGCCACCCUGCCCCGCUUCCACCUGCUCAAAUACAGACACAGCGACGGCUUCCGCAAAGCCACUCUGUUCAGACUGACAGGCCCCAGCCCAGACACCCCACCAGGUCCUCGCUGUCAGUGGAGAUACGACUCCUGCAUCACCCCCUGCUUCAAGACCUGCAGCGACCCGUCGGCUGAGGCCUGCGUCGCCAUCCCACAAGUUGAGGGCUGCCUUCCUGUCUGCCCGCCACACAUGGUCCUGGAUGAGGUCACCCGUCGGUGUGUCUAUGUUGAAGACUGCAUUAAGGUUCCAGUUGUCAUAAAGCCUGUAACACCACCCAGUCCUCAGCUUACAUCUGCAGCUGUCACCUCUGCAAUCAUCACAAGCCCUGAUGCCUCCACCACGCCUCCCAGCACCACCAUCACCACCAUCACAUCCUCUACCCCUCCACACACGGCUCCCACCACUAAAAUCACCACCAUUGUUCCUGCUGCGAGCACACAGACAACCUCAUCUAAGGCACCAACCGCCCCGGACGAGACAACCCAACCAGCCACCACUUCUUCUUCUGCAGCUCCUGAACUCUCCACAACAGCAGCAUCCGCACCUCCUCCAACAGCACCCCCUGCUGUCAGGCCAGAGGUGGUGGAGCCGAUGUCUACAGUAAAAGUGACUGAAGGCCAUCCCACCGGUGUAACAGGCACAACAGAUUGGACAGUCAGCCCCUUCAGUCUCAGCACGUCCAAGACGAGCAUCACGGCUCUAUUCUGGCUCAUCUCCUCCACCAGGCCCACUGAAUCCCCAAAGCCACUCUUCACCACCACAGGAACCACCCUGCAGCCAUCUACUACCACAGCACCAACCACAAGCACCACUGAGGGGCCAACCACCAUCAUCACCUCUCCCCGUGCGGUUGUGCACCCAACUGAUGACACAACAAAGGCCACAACACCUUCAGCCGUGGUUACUCCGAUUGUAACUGCUUCUAGUCCAGGCCCAUCUGAGGUCUCAGAGACUUCAACAGUUACGGAAAGGACCACUGUUCCCAGGACAACCACAGCCACGGUGUACACCAGCACAAAGCCUGUAACAGUGGAGAGAGUUCCUCCAACAACGACUACGCCCAUCCCACCUGGUUUACCAAGCACAUCCUCCACAACCACUUCCCCUCCCCUGACCUCACCUCUUGUUGAAACAGGAACUGUAACUCUGUCAACAGUCUCUUCAGCAAAGACCACAGAAUCAGUCACACCAGUCGCACCUUUCACUACCAGUAAAACAACACCUUACAUGAGUCCAGAGACAACAAUACCACCUGUUGCUGUGGUUACCUCAGAGAGGAUUGUUCACACCACCCCUACUGAACUGACAACCUCCACAACAACUGCUCCUGAGUUACCAACAUCAACCCCAGUCCAUGUUGCACUGACUACAACUGCACCGCCUGCUACCUCAGCUACUACAGACUGGCAAACAUCUACAAAGAAGGUGACCGUACCUGAAUCCACUGCGUCUGAAAUACCUACAGCUACAACAACAGCUGCACCUCCGCCUCUGAAGAUUACAGACACUGCAACACCUCCUCCUGUGUCCACCUCCACAACCUCUACUGAGAGGUCUACUGCCAUCCCAACAACAGCAACAACCACUCAGACCACAACCUCAAGACCUCCAGAGGUUUCAGAAACCUCCCCAGGACCUACCACAACAAAACCAGCUGUGCCACCAGUGUCCCUUACAGAAACUACUACUGUACCACUGUCACCAACAGUAGAGAGCUCCACCCAUCCUGUGUCUACCACACGGACCUCCGAGCCAUGGCGGCCACCCCAUUGGGAGACCUCCUCCACCCCAGUCUAUAGCCCCACAGCAAAGACUACACCAGAGCUCACCUCUGAAACUGUUAUCCCUGUGGUCAGUUCUACUAAACCUACUGAAGCGCCUCAACCUCCAGCAACAACAAAGCCGGUCAUCACCUCUGCAACAUCAGCUGCUGCCACAACCACUGCUGCCACAACCACCGCUGCCACAACCACCACUGCCACAACCACCGCCGCCACAACCACCGCCGCCACAACCACCGCCGCCACAACAACUGCUGCCACAACCACUGCUGCCCCAACUACAGCAUCUCAUGAACUCUCUUCUACCAAAUUUACAGCCACCACAACCAGGAAAGUGGUUACGCCCCAGCCUCCACUGGUGCCUGGUGCUCCUGAGACACCACUCACCACAAUCCCUACAAGCCCUCCACCCAGUGAUGUCACCACCAAACUCAGACCUGUCACCGUACAGCCGAUCACAGAGACGACACACCCAGUAACAGGAAGAGUGGAGGUGUCAGCAACAACAGUUACAACCACACCACCUCCAUCUUGGUCUCCGCUACACACAACUACUUCUGCUACAACUCAAAGGCAGACGACUUUUGUAGACAAAGUCACCACCCGGCUGGUGUCGACUGCAAGAGUUACACCCGCACCAACGACUACGACCACCACGAGGACGACCACGCUCAGGGCGACACCCAGAGUUCCUGUCUCAACAAGAGUCACUCCCAGACUCACAUCGACUGAGAGGUCAACCAUCCGGCCUGUCACGGCAAGGGUAACCAUAGGAAUUAGACCCACAACAGUAACUGUUAGAUCAACCACUCUCGGCUCACCGACUGUCACGCCAAGCCCUGACACAACAACUGUGUCAGAAGUCCCGUCUACAACCGUUGCAACAUCUGCUGAGCCGGUCACUACAGUAAGCACGACAGAGCGUGCCGAGACAACCACUACAGCUCCCAGCACGGCCACCACAACCGCCCCAGGUCCAGUGCCUGUUUCCACUCUGACAACAGUCACAGUAUCUACAGCUGUGCCCACAAUGUCCACUAGUGAGUCUACCACUUCUGAGAAAGCCGUGACGUCCAAAGAGACUGAGGCGUCACCAUCCACAUCUCAACCAGUGACUCCUCUGCCUGAUGUGCUGACCUCCUCCCAGCAGCCUGGUGUCCUUACUCCCACUACGACUUCACUCCCAGCAGCCACAUCAGUCCAAACUACCACUCUGGACAAAAGGGAUCAUACCAGUCCAGCAGCAACGACGCCUCCUGCACCAAAGUCUCCUUACACACCAGUGGAAACGACCAAACACACAACAGAGGGCACAACACCCAUGGCUGUAUCACCAACAAGGAUGUGCACUCCUCCCUAUGCAGAGAUCGUUGAUGAGUGCACCAAGUACAUCUGCGUCAACCACCAGCUCGUCCUGUUCAACAAAUCCCAAAGCUGCCCCUUCAACCUCGACCCGCCCAAUUGUGGCCUGCUUGGCUUUGCCAUACUUGUCAAUGGAGACAAGUGCUGCCCUCAGUGGGACUGUCCAUGUCGCUGCUCAGUGUUUCCAGACCUGAAUGUGAUCACAUUUGAUGGGAACAGCGUUGCCAUCUACAAAGCUGCCUCUUACAUAGUGACCCAGCUGCCCAAUGAGACCGUCAGUGUCCUGGUCCAGGAGUGUCCUGCCGACUCUGAGUCACCAUUCCUCUGGAAUUUCACCAACCUGUGUCUGGUGGCGCUUAACAUCACCCACAAAUCCAAUCACAUCAUCAUCAACAGGCUGCAGAGGAGGCUCUACGUCAACUCACGCUAUGCCAAACCUCGAUUCAAAAAGUUUGGCUUUGAGAUCUACGACACCGGCAACAUGUACUUGAUCCGCACCCCAGCAGGUCUCAAGUUGCAGUGGUACCACAGCACGGGAAUGAUGGUGAUCGACACUGAGAACUCCAGCAACAAACUUCCCACCAUGGGCCUCUGUGGUUUCUGUGACGGAGACCCAACCAAUGACCUCACUUUGGCCAACGGCACCACAGUGGGCCGGAGCGAAGAUCCAGCCGUGUUCAUUGAUAGCUGGCAGGUUCCCAACACCACCAGCUACGUCAGCCACAGCCGCCGCCGCGAGCUCAACUGCUCCACCAGCGACUGCUCUAGCUGCCUGGCCAUGCUGCAGAACCCAGCCUUCUCCUCCUGCCACGCCUUCGUCCCGCCAAGCACAUUCUGUGAGGUUUGGGUCAGAGAUUCGGAGUAUGUCAACAACCAGUGUGUGGCACUGGCUGCCUAUGUGGCUUCAUGCCACAAAUUCAACAUCUGCAUUGAGUGGAGGAGUCCAGAUUACUGCCCCUUCGUGUGUCCCGACACUCUGCGAUAUCAGGCUUGUCUACCUGCCUGCACAUCUCAGUCCUGUCCCAACCACGACUUCGACUCAGACCCAGAUCAGUGCUCGGGCCUGACCGAGGGCUGCGUGUGCCCUGAAGGAACGCUCCUCCACCGGCCGUACUCUGCCCUCUGCAUCCCCCCCGAUAAGUGUGCCUGCACUGACAGCUCUGGCAUCCCUCGUGCAAACGGCGAGGUGUGGAAGGCCUCAAAAGAUGCAUGCUGCAUGUACCGCUGCGACAACGACACCAUCGCUCCCGUGGAGUACAACUGUUCCAACAUGUUGGACCCUGUGUGCCGUCGAGCAGGGGAAGUGAUCAUCAGCCUGGCCGACGACACCAGCUGCUGCCCGCACAAAGUCUGCGUGUGUAACCAGACCCUGUGUGACCUUCUCCCUCCUGAGUGUAAAUACGGGGAGAAGCCGGUGUCAUACUACAGACAGGACUCCUGCUGUCCAGAUUACGUGUGUGAAUGUGAUCCUGAUCUCUGUGAGUCGGACGUUCCCACCUGCAGAGAGGACCAGACUCUAAUUGCCACCAGAGCCGACGGCAGCUGCUGUUUGGCCCACAUGUGCAUGUGUUCUUCCUGUACGGAGACGCCUCCUCUCUGCCAGGACGGUGAGGUGCUGACGGUGGACAGUAACACAACGGACCGCUGCUGCCCCACCUACCAGUGUGUGUGUGAGCCCUACAGGUGUCCUCAGCUCAGUUGUCCUGUUGGGAUGUCGGUGAUGUCCGUGUCCAGACCGGGUCGCUGCUGUCCCAACCAAACAUGCGAGUGUUCCUGUGACAAAAUUGCCUCCCCUAAAUGUGACUUGGGAGAAGCCGCCCAGCUAGACCGAGCCUUCCUGUCCGACCCACAGAACCAGUGCGCCUGCAAAAGAUACAAGUGUGUGCGGGAGGCGGUGUGUGUGUACGGCGAGCGAGGGGUGUUACGUCCAGGUCAGACUCUGGUGGAGCACGGUGACGACGGCUUGUGUCACAGCAGGCAGUGCAGCCGCAGCUUCGACCCAUCCAGCGGCUUCCACCUGCUGCGCACCAGCAGCACCAACUGCUCCGCCCAAUGCCAACCAAAUCAGAUCUACAUCCCUCCCAAAGACCAGUCGACAUGUUGCGGUGUUUGUAAGAAUAUUUCCUGCCUGUACGGACAUGAGAAUGGGACGACAGCUCUCUAUAAGCCGGGGAAGUCCUGGGUGUCAAACUGCAUGAAGUUCGACUGCACGGACACUCUGUCUGGACCGACACUCAUCUCUUACUCCUUCAGCUGCCCGCCUUUCAACGAAACGGAGUGUAUGAAGAUCGGUGGAACUGUCGUAAGUUACAUGGACGGAUGCUGCAAGACGUGUAAAGAAGACGGGAAGUCGUGUCAGAAGGUGACAGUGAGGAUGACCAUCAGGAAGAAUGACUGCCGCAGCAACAGGCCGGUGAACAUCGUGUCAUGUGACGGGAAGUGUCCGUCCGCCAGCAUCUACAACUACAACAUCAACACGUACGCUCGCUUCUGCAAGUGCUGCAGGGAGACGGGGCUGCAGCGGCGCUCCGUGCAGCUCUACUGCAGCGGCAACGCCACCUGGGUCAGCUACACCAUCCAGGAGCCCACCGACUGCUCCUGCCAGUGGUCCUAG